UGACUGGGGUAAUGAACAACCGCUUUCGAUGCCUGGAUCCUACCAAUGACACUGUCUCUUCGCCAUGCCGCUAGACGAGUCCGGCUCGUCCUCCGAGGAGUCUUCAUCGCCCUCGGCCCCUGCAAACGGUACUGCGGGUACGAAGAAGGAUCCUGUCGUUGCGACAAAGAAGCCGGUGAAGAAGAAGUGGGAGGGUGAGGACGAGGAAGAGUCAGGUCCAGCGUCUGAUUGGGAGGAGUCAUCAUCAUCGGAAGAAGAAACCGCUCCAAAACCCACGACGGCUGCGCCCCCUAAGAAAAAGGGAACGCUGAAGGCCAAACUCGCGGAGAAGGAAGCAGAGAAGGCGAAACGAGCAACAGAAGGUGUUGAAUCGGAUGACUACGAUGAGGACGCUGUUCUUGACCCUCGAGAGAAGGCACGACUAGACCGGGAACGGGAGCUGAAGAGUGACCUGAACAACGCCGCCGAUCUCUUCGGUCAAUCGGCUACCGGCACCUCUGCGUCGUCCGAACUCAACUCUCUCUUGACAUUCAACCCUCGAACCAAGGAUGAGUUCCAUGAGUAUUCGAAGAAAAUCAUUGAAGUCUUGAUCAAUCGCUUACAGGACAAGCCUCUUUACCCUGCAUUCGUGGAGCAACACGUCCGCGACUUGGCUAUGCCUCUCCGGGACGUUGAAGUUCGUAAGGCCGCUUCGGGCUUGACGACGCUAGCGAACGAAAAGCAGAAGGAGCAGCGGGAUAAAGCUAGCGGAAAGAAGAAAUCCAACACGAAAGCAAAUGCCAAGGCGACGCUCGGCAGUGCGAAGGGUGUUGGAAAGAUCGAUACCGGGGUUUACGAUGAGGCUUUGGACGACUUUGGGAAUGAUCCAAACGAUUUCAUGUAAUCAAGACUUAUCAUUCGUGGAUGACGCUCUGCGAUCAAGUAUCAUAUUUCGUUACUUAAGAAGGGGUUAUCCUAUCUACUUGGCUCACUUGCAA